GUGUGCUGAUGGAGAUGCCGCAUUUCGUCCAGUCACAAAGCUCAGCGGCCGCAACCGCGAUGAUGCACCACCCAACGUCGUCACACUCGCGCAGCUACAAACGGCCGGCUGAGUAAAGGAGAGCUUCACUGCUGCCAAGUCCAGCACACGACAAUCAGAAUACAUGCCGACUGCCUCAGAACUUCCGCGCGCAUCCAGAACCCCGCGGGCGCAGCGCCCUAGCCUCUCAUGACGCCGCCUCAGGAUGCCACGCCGAAACCCCCAAAGUACCCAGCCGAUGUGGAGGCGUCGAUGAUACUGCCCAAACAGCGCGCAUCCCCGGCUUCCUCUCUCGCAAGCCUCCCCUACCGCCGCUCCAACCCAAGCCUCUCCAAGCUGUUCGAGUCCACCACGAGCAUAUCCACAUCGCGCCCCAAUUCCGGCACCGCAACCCCCACCCAAAGCACCGUACAGGGCUCCGUCUUCUCGCCUGGCUCACGACUGAGUGGGACAGGGACGCCGAACAGCCUGCCGCCGGGAGUAUCGGACGAGUACCGUGCCCUUAUACAACGGGCGUUUGUGCCAUGCGUCGCAGUGCUUGCGGAUGCAGAGACGGAAGAGCUGAUUCAGGGCAAGGGGUUGGAGGGCGGGCUACUACAACUGCUGCGGCCAUUUGGAGAGGCAGUACCCGGCAAGGUCACGAUUCGAGAUAGCAAUGGGGCAAGCAAGAGCUGGGAGGACUUUGGUGUGCGCUUCAUAGGCGUCGACGAUGCAUAUCCAGACUUGCGCGUGGACACAGGUGGUCAACGGACAUCUUCGAGCUCUACACGGCGACCACGACGGUCAGGAGGCGAUGUGUCACAAAUCGAAGAGCUAGUCGACAGACAUCUGCAGUACUCCGAGUUCAACAGACAAUCCCCCGUGUCCGACUACAUGAGCAAGGGCGACGCAACAGCCACGCAGACAGACGGCACCGCUUCACCAUUUCAUACUCUCUACCUACGGAGGCUGUUAUCAGGAUUACCGGUAGUACCUCACGAAACCUUCUCCCACCCCGUGGCUGGCAUAAUAGCCAUCUCAUCACGGAAUCCACACCCUAUAGAAGAGCUGCGGAGACUUUACAAUCGGCAGCAUGACGGCGAUCUUCGUUUUCCGCAAUGGGUAGAGAACGACUUCUUACGAUAUUACGUCUUGAUACAUGAUGAAGAGACAGGGGACAUCGCCAAGUCCAACCAGACAUUCGAUUCGAUGAAACGUCAUUUUGGUUUGCACUGCCACUUACUGCGACUGAAGAGUCAGCAAUGUAUAGCUUCAGACGAUGACAGCGUGCGUUUGCCGACGUGCGAAUGGAUGUCUGCAGGAGAAGAGCUAGCAGAAAUUCAGAGGCGAGAAACCACAGACGAUAUAACAGACCCAACACCCUACUUCCCCGACUCCGACAUCAGCAGCUUGCGAACCUUCAUCCGUGAACUAGUCACACAAUCCAUAAUACCCAACAUGGAGCGCAGCGUCUCAACCUGGAACGAGCAGAUCCUGUCCCGACGCCGCGGUCUGUCUGGCCGCUUCAUGUCUCUAUCGAAACGUUGGACACCCUUUGGCGGCUCAAGAACCUCCUCAUCAUCCUCGACUGCAUCAGGAAACUCCAACUAUGACAGCCUACAGGGAUUCUACCGCCCCGACGCCCCGGAAGCCAUCAUGCGACGGCUAGCAGACUACUGCUUUAUGCUGCGUGAUUGGAAACUGGCAUUGAGCACUUAUGACAUCCUAAGGACAGACUUUCAAAACGACAAAGCAUGGCGGCAUUACGCUGGUGCUGCUGAAAUGGCCGCUUUGUCGGCUCUCAUGGCACCUACACCACUAUCAUCGAAAUCCCGCGCCGAGAACAUCGAUGCGUGGAUAGAAGCUGCAUCGUACUCGUAUACCGACCGCCAACGCAGCGCAGCGCCGUACUACGCUCUCCGCACCCUCGCCCUUAGCUUCGAGCUCCUGCGCCUCCGUGGCUCCUCGGCCGCAGACGACGCCGCACGAUGGGCAACCCGCAUUUUGGAAACGGGUCUUGUAGGCUCGAUAGGUCACGCACUCAUCACCGAACGCAUCUCAGCUUGCUAUGCUGUGCGUACUGGCGUGGGCAUGUACAAAUUAGGAAGCCGACGUCGGAAGGCAGCGCUUUGGGCAGUGCUUGCCAGCGAGAACUGGUACAGGCUGGACAAGUCGCAGCAAGCGGAACGCGCUCUCGACACAGCGCUCAGGCUAUACAACACCCAAGCUGAGAACGCCGAUGGAGGAGCGGUCAGACUGCCAUUCGAGGACAUGCAGCGAUUUGUGGAUGAGUUGAGACAGCAGAUCAUGGGCUUGAGGCUGGCAAAUCAGGGCUAUGGUAGUGAGCGUGGAGAGGGCGAUGAGGACGGUAGGCAGAGUCCGGAGGUGGAAGAGGAAGCCGAGACGUUGGAUAAGAGCCCGCGGUUGCAUAGGAAGAGCUUAAUUGGGGUUCAGGUGCCACCUGCUGAUAUGGCGGGGCCUUUGAGUCCAGCGCUUGAGAGACCAAAGGGUGAGGUAGAUGCCAAAGGUGAGGGCUUUGAAUAGACGGUAGACAUGGAUAAUGCUCAUGACGAUCAAGACGUACUCAUCCAUGACUUCACGCAUGCUAAACAUCACACACACACACACACAAAUCAAGCAGCGACACGU